GUGACCCUUAUCCCAUUUGUAGCUGUAAUUUCGUGUUAUUCUCUAAUCCAUUUUAUCAUCUGUUACUAUACCUUCAAACCUUUGCUUUGAACAUUAAAAGAACAUCAAAUAUGCCAGGAUUGCGCCGUUCCGCCAGAGUUGCCUCCAGAACCGAUGUCGUUGUCGUCUCUGCGCCACCAGCCAAGAAACAAAAGGCUGUGAAGGCCAAGAAGGAAGAAAUCGCCAAUGGUGGUGCCAAAUCCAAGGAACAAGCUAAGGAAUCGGAAAAGGAAGAAGAAGAGGAAGUUUCUAAGGAAUUGGAAGAGGGCGACAAGCUCCCAGAAAAUAUCACCUUAAAGGAUGAUAACUCCAACGACAUCAACCUCUUCAAGCUCACCGAGGAUUCCGAUGACAAGAGACGCAUUGUUGUGUUGUUUUCCUACCCAAAGGCUUCUACCCCGGGAUGCACCAGACAGGCGCAGGGCUACAGAGACAACUACGAGGAAUUGAAGUCCAAGGCGUAUGUGUUCGGGAUCUCCGCCGACUCCAUUACUUCCCAGAGAAACUUUGCGCAGAAGCAUGGCUUCCAGUACCCAUUGCUCUCUGACCCUAAGCGGGAGUUGGUGGGCAUCUUGGGCGGUAAGAAGAGUCCAGCCAGCGGCGUGGCCAGAUCCCACUGGGUCUUUGUCGACGGUGUUUUGAAGCACAAGCACGUUGGGAUUUCCCCGGAAAACUCUGUCAAGCUCGGAAAGCAAGAAGUCGACGCAUUGUUCGAGGAAUUGAACAAGGCUUAGGUACUAAAAGUUGGCAGCUGCCAUUCUCAUUGUGUAUUUUCAUCAACGUUGUAACUCAAGCAAAGGAUAUGGAGACAAUAGCAAGGGGUCAGUGUAUGAAUGGAGCGGUGGAAACGGUGCGCGAGACUGUUUCGCGGCUGGCCCUAUUUUUUCAUCUUCAGAGCCGUGUACCUCUUGGUCUACAAGCUUUGCAUGUCGAUAGACUAAUAUUAUAUAUACAGAUUUUAUACGUCAACAGUGAGCCAAACACUGGAUGGACUUUGAAGGCAUUAUCAAUCUAGAACUGUCUCUUGACAAAGUGGUAGACGAUUGGGGUCACGUACAAGGCGGCGGCAACGAGACCAGCAAACUUCAAGGUCUCGUUGGUGGCUUGUUGAAGCAUCUUCUUUUCUUCUUCGGUUGG